AUGGAUGAUGUUGCGUCGGACCAUGGAAUUCAUUUUUCUUCGGAACCAGCAAUAAAUGAAUUCAGUCGAAAUAGAAAUCCUAUGAUGUGUACAGCUCAUGAUGGACAUCACAAGGUGAAUGCUGCUAUAAAUCCUGCUCUUGUUCAUAUAGACUUGGGGAUAAAAGAAGAAGGAUUAAAAACAUCUUAUUUAUCGGAGUAUCAAUUUAAAGUUUCACAGGAUAAUCCAUUGAUUAAGUUGGGAAAAGCACCCAGAUCUAAUGAUUAUGGAAGAACCAUGGAAGAAAAAGUUAUGUAUUUAUUUAACAAAAAAUAA